GCAGCGUCACGCGGUUCGUGGAUGUGCAGCGUGAAGAAGACGACAUCUCGAGACCUUGCUGUUCCAAGUCACUUUGAGCCUCCAGGCCGAUUUGAACACUUCCUCAGCUCAGCUAACCUGUUCUGUCUUCUUGUUUCGUCAGAAAUCCUACAAGGCUUUCAACACCAUACAUCAUCGUAAUGUAUGCACCAGAGGAGGACUACAACCAAUACUACUAUGGCGCGUCAGAGGGGUUGACAGACCAGUCGGGAUACGACCAGAUCACUGGAUUUCCUCAAGACUACUCUGAAGUUGAAUCGGGUUUUUUUCCCCAGGAUCAACUGCAGCCGGAGCUUUACCAGCAACCUAUGCAAUCGGGGCUUUCCCAGCUGGAUCAAAGUGGGGCACCUAGUACCGAGAAAAAGGACGACAGCCUCGUCGGCUUCAUUGUCGGUAGCGUGUGUCUCCUCGUACUAAUAUCGGCUCUUGCGGUCUACCUGGUACUGGCGUCCACCGGGACCAACGGCGACGGCAGCGAUGCUGACAUACGUAGAGGAGGUGGAGGAGGUGGAGGAGGUGCAGGAGGUAGUUCACAAGUGACGGAAGAGGAUGCAGUGAUAACAGACUAUGGGUACAUAAACCCACCGCCAACGACCACCACAACAACAACUCCUACGACGACUAGCACCACCACUACUACGACUAGCACCACCACUACUACGACUAGCACAACGACUACUACUACGACUACAACUACAACUACAACGACCACAACGACGACCACAACGACAACGACCACGACCACAACGACUACGACCACAACGACUACGACCACUACGACAACGACGACUACGACUACAACGACGACUACGACUACAACUACUACGACAACGCCGCCGUUGGUGUCGACAGCACCACCAAGAUAUGACUUCAUCUUCCAACCGCUUGUUUGCACCGUCGGUCGCCGUGCCUUGCGGGAGAACAUGUACCCACCGUCCGGCAUCUGUGACGUCAUCAUCUUCACCCAUGUCUAUAUCAUAAACGAUGUAUUAUUCUCCGAUACUCCCGGCCCCUUCCAGACCUUCACAAAAGUCUCGGUCAGCCGCCCCACCGACAUGUUCGGCGUUUCGUUUGACACGAGGCGCCAGGACGUAACCCAGUUCCAUUUGAGUCAAAAGGAGCCACCAUAUAUAAAGUGGGCGUGGAAUAGAAAUAUCAAGCAUUACGCAGCUCUGUCAACUCCACUCGACUUCAACGCCACGGAUCCUGGCACCUAUACUUAUAUCGCCAGAUUUGCUCUUGCGGAUGUCAAACCGUGGCAGGAUACCUUAUCGUUCACUGAAGAUGUGGGCCUUGAACAAACCUACCGCAUACUAGGAUUCAAGAUGUUCAACUACGAUACCGCUGGGUUCGAAGAAAUGUUCGCAAAUCACAUUGAUGAGAUAGUCAGUGAAAAAAUGGCUAGGAAGCAAGCGAGCUGGUGAAGAUGAUACAGACACAACACGAAGUCUCAAACACAGCUGAAUAUUUUACUUCACCUACAAGAAUUAUAUACAACCAGAGGGAAGAAAACCAGUUGAGGACAAAAAGGGUCAGUUCGGGGGAACAAGAAGUCUGCUCAAGGCCAGACCGAGGAUUACGGAUGGGCUGCUGACACAGUUCCCACAAGAGGUUAAGUAUGCAUAGGGUCUCUCUCAAAAGUCUUCCGUGGGUGUCCAAUUCAGAAGCCUUUACAAUUGUUUCGUUCCAUAGAGGGAAGCAAUCUGAGCAUUCUUCCGGAGCAAUUUCGGAGUUUGAGGCUUCAUUUUUUACUUUAAAUGAAUGCUCUCUCAAACGAUCAUUUAACGCUUUGUCUGGCCAAUAUAACAGAAACCACAAGAUAGGGAGAUCUGAUAAACAACAUUUGAACAACAGGGAACGAAUUUGUUCCGGUGAUUAUUACAGGCAACUUCAGGUUUCGCGAAAGGCGUGAGGCGAUCAAGACUGAAGUUGUCCUUGAUAACAAGGCUGACUUGAAAUUUCUACGAUGAAAGAUGAA